GUCACGCCAGUUAACCCCGCCCACCUCCGCCCCAAACCGGAUGUUGGGCUGUUGUUGUUACACUGGAACAAGAUGGCAACCGCUUCUACUUAUUUUCAAUGAAGACCCUGAUGUUUGCCUUUGGUUUCGUCGUGCUGCAUUGGAGCCGCGGUUGGCCACUAUGCAACCCUCAAGGGCGUGAAUCUUCGCUUUAGGAGGGCGACGGUGGGAGGCAGCCAGGGCGGCAGCAUCCUCUACUGUCACCUUGUAGCUGGCGGCUCACCACAAUGCAACAAGUUUUGGAAUAUGCAUUAGAUCGAGCUGAGUACAUUGUGGAAAGUGCUCGCCAGCGUCCUGCCAGGAGGCGUCUUUCAUCUGGUGGCAGAAAGAGUUUGUAUCAGAAGCUUUAUGAGCUCUACAUCGAAGAAUGUGAGAAAGAGCCAGAGUUGAAGAAUUUCAGGAGGAACGUGAAGCUGCUGGACAAGUUGCUCUCCCAGGAGUCUGUGUCGUGUCUGGUGGUCAACUUGUACGCCGGCAACGACGGCUACUCGCUCAUGCUCAGGGGCAAGAAUGGUUCCGAUUCUGAAACGAUCCGACUGCCUUACGAAGAAGGAGAGCUGCUGGAGUAUUUGGAUGCUGAGGAGCUGCCGCCCGUUCUGGUUGACCUGUUAGAAAAGUCACAGGUGAACAUCUUCCACUGCGGCUGCGUCUUGGUGGAGGUGCGAGACUACAGGCAGUGCGCCAACACCAAGAUGCCCUCGUACCAGAGCAGACACGUGCUGCUCAGGCCCACCAUGCAGACUCUCGUUUGUGACGUCCACGCUAUGACCAGUGACCACCACAAGUGGACGCAGGAUGACAAGUUGCAGCUGGAGAGCCAGCUGAUCUUGGCCACGGCUGAGCCUUUGUGCCUGGAUCCUUCCAUCUCCGUCACUUGCGCCGCCAACCGGCUGCUCUACAACAAGCAAAAAAUGAACACCCGCGCUAUGAAACGGUGCUUCAAGAGGCACUCUCGGGCUUCGCUGAACCGCCAGCAGGAGCUGUCGCAGCUUCCUACGCCAUGCCAGCUGCGCCUCUACGACUACCUACAGAAGAGGAAGGAGAGGAAAGCCACGCCCAUCAUUGACCUGAAAAUCUCCAAGAUUGGAAAUUGCGUGGACAUGUGGCGACAGAACAGCUGCCAGCUAAGUGCGCCCAAAGAAAUCGAUGUGGAGAAAUAUGCCGUGGUGGAGAAAUCGCUACAGUUGGAAGAUUCUCAGCCCACCACUGUGAUCUGGCCCGCUCAGGAGGUCGUGGACGAUUACACCUUCGAGUGCGAGGUGGCCGGUCCGGCCGAGAGGACGAAGGUGUCCAUCUUCCAGUCACUGGGUGACCCUCUGGUGUACGGCAAGAUCUACUGCACCAAAGACAGCAAGGCCGAGCAGGACGGCACAGACCUGAAGCUCACGCAUCCGCCGUUCCUCAUUGGCUCAAAGAUGGACGCCGAACGGUUCCUUGCACAGUACAAAUGCGUUUACGAGCGAGAUGCCAAGUGUCAGGUCAAGAUGUCCCACAACUCAGGCAGCCUGGCACCGGCGCCCCACUCCCCCGGCAAGGAUGAGAGUAACGGCUUUUCUUCGCUGGUCCAGACGUCCAUGUUGGGCAAAGGUGUGAAGCACCGGCCGCAGCCCAUCAAAAUGCCGCCAGGAUCAGGCAGCAGCUCCUCAGGUAAUCCAUAUAGCUCCCAAACCGCAAGUGGUCUCCUCAAGUGUCCUACGCCGCCGCCGCCGCCCCCCGCCAAAGGUCAGCAGCCUCUGAACAGGAAACACUCUAUGGAGCUGGGACAAGUGGGCCUGCUGUCCCCUGCCUCGCUUUCGCCCAUGAGCUCCACGCAGAGAUCGGGUACCCCGAAGCCCUCCACCCCCUCCAACACACCGUGUUCGACGCCGCACCCCGCCGACUCAUUGGGGCCGUUGUCAGGGACGCCCACUCCCCCGGAGGCCCCGGCGCAGCCCGCACUGCUGACGCCAUUCGCCCAGCAGCAGCUGGCCCUCAACCAGACGGUGCCCGUCAUGACCAUACCGCUGCCCACCGUGGGUACAUCCAUCAGCACAGGCACUACUUCCUCACCGGUCAUGCCCAACCCGGCUGGCCUCAACUUCAUCAAUGUGGUCAGCUCUGUCUGCAACCCACAGACGCUGAUGAGCGGCUCCAACACCAUGCUCGGUCCCGGACUGAACCUGAGUGGAAUCCUGCCAUCUGGAGGUCUCAUACCCUCAAUGCAGCCUGCUGUGCAGACCGGGAGUCACUUUGGCCUGAAUAGCAGUGCUGGCCUGCGACCGCUCAAUUUGCUCCAAAUCCCGACCGGGCCGCUCAUCUUCAACCCCGUGCAGCAGCAGCAGCUAUCCCAGUUCUCCCCGCAGAGCCAGUCGGCCACUUCCAGCCCUCAGCAGCAGGGGGACACGGGUGAUCAGAGCGUCGAGCCGAGUUUAGGCAACCAGCAAACGGCGGUCAUCAACUUGGGUGUGGGUGGCUUCAUGUCUCCGCAGGCGGCAGUGCUGUCCCAGUUGGGCUGUGGGCUGGACGGGUCUGGGCCCCCCCUGCCUUCUCCAAGGCUUCAGCAGCAGCACCAGCCUCAGAUCCAAUUGCAAUUCUUGCAGCACCAAAUACAGCAGCAGCAAAUGGCUAUGGCGGCGGCACCCCAAGUGGGGGGAGCGGCGGGGGGCCAGCAGCAUACCGUCAACCAAGCAAGAAAUAGGAGGAAAAGGAGCACGCCACAGCCGCUCCCCAAACCUCGCCAGGCUGCAGAAACUUUGCCCCAUGCCACGCCGAGACCCGAAUGAUCCACACUGUGCUUUUUUUUUUUUGUUCCGGUUCGGCUGUUAGAGCACGCAGAGUGGAGAAUCUGCAUCCCUUUUAUGCCUGAACAGUUUUACUGUGUCACGGCGGAGUUUUUAAGCUUCCUCUGUGGUUUCUUAGUUUUAUAAUUGAAGUUUAUUGAGAUUCAAGAGUCGAACCGAACAGUUUCUAGGGGGGGGGGGGGGUUAGAGAGACAAAGACGAGGCGGUAAUUGUAAACCGGGUGGGUAAAGUCAACCAUUGCAUAUCUCCAACGAGGAAACAUUAAAUAUGGAUCGUUGCAUGAACCUGUAGCGCCGCACCUGCGAGGGAAGGACGAGACAAGCACGCAGGACGAGGGUCGAGAACCCGGCCAUACAACUGAAGACAAAGAGGAAGUGUGGUCUGGCUAUUAGUUAGAAUCAAAAAGAAAUUCCUUGUAGCUGAACACCCCCCCCCCACACUUCCCAAAAGGCUUUUCCUCCGUGGCUU